AUGUAUCACAUUGUCGACUUCCUCGACACGGGAGACUCAGAGGUUGUUCCAUCCUCAUGGGUAAAGGAUGGUCGAAGCCUCUGGCCUCCAUUUAAAGUAAGGGAGAAAUGCAACAGGGUAGUGGUGAGAGGAGACCCUCCUGACGAAUCCUGGCCGAGUCACACCAUAAGGAUAAGGGCAACAAAAACAACAGAAAUGCAAACUAAUUACCCCCAUACAUUGGAGGUGCCAGACGUUUCAGGAUUCCCACUGACAUCACUCAAUGAACUGGCGAAGCUGGAGGAGAGCAUUGCUGCACAGGGGGAUAUAUACAGACGAAAACUGGUCACCUAUUUUGGACUGGCAGGUGGGCUGACUGUGAAAGAGAGUGUGUGGAGGAUCAUGACAAAAUUAAUGACAAACAGGCUGGCUAAGCAAAUUAAUUGGCGUGGGUUAAAUGGGAAAUAUGCCUUUGAACAACUUGUCAUCAAAGAUGUUGUCCUCAUUCGAAUAGACGCUUCCAACAAGGUCCUUGUCUACAGGCACAUUCAGCUACCCGGAGCUGUGGAAGACUUUACUGGCCAGCCUCCAUCUAAGAGCGCAGGUGGGACUAAGAGCGAAGACAGAGCACUAUAUGAUAAGUGGCGGGCUUCCCAAUAUGCUCUAAGGGCAGACUAUCUUGUCGGUUACUUCAGUCUGCGGAGGCCUUCGGCCACAAAAGUGGCAAGACUAAUUGGUCAGGAGGGGUGGACGACCAAUUGCCCCAAAGCAGAGGAGGUCGUGAGCAUGUGGAAGCCGGCCUCCAAGCAGAAGGUCGAAACCGACCCAUAUGUGCAUCACUGUGUGGCUGAGCAGGCCUGGACAGGUCUUGCCAUCAAAGAUUUUGGUCCUCCCAAAGGUUUAGGAGUGGUUGCCACCAGAAACUUUGCCAGUGGUGACAUUGUCUGUGAUUACCACGGCAAUGUCAUCACAGCAUCUGAGGGGAGAUCGAUUAUGGAGGAUCUAAAUGGAGAGGCAGGCUGUCACCCACUAAUAGACACUUUUGGCCGCCGCAUCAACCAUUCAUCCAAGUCGGCCAAUGUAAAGCCAAUCAGGUGCAAGAUGACUUUUAACAGGAAAGAAAAGGACAUUGUUUUAUUCAAGGCCCUGAAGAACAUCACUGUGGACGAGGAGCUAAAAGUUGACUAUGGGAUCAACCGAAAAUCCUUCUGA